GUUGUUCCAUUUGCAGUUUCACUUCCCGAUUUCAUUACCGACGCUUAAUCGAAAAGAACGAAUCUUUGAAUUUGAAGAAUUUGGGGAGGGAGAGAGGGAGAUAUGAAGAUCACAGCUCUGUUGAUGCUUAAAUGCAUCCCUGAUGGAUCCGAUCCGGUGAUACUUGCGAAUUCGUGCGAUGUAAGCCACUUCGGCUACUUCCAACGUUCUAGCGUCAAGGAGUUUAUCGUCUUCGUCGGUCGUACCGUCGCCAAACGCACUGCCCAGGGACAGCGCCAAUCUGUCCAACACGAAGAGUACAAGGUGCAUGCUUACAACAGAAAUGGCCUUUGCGCAUUGGGCUUUAUGGAUGAUCACUAUCCCAUUCGAAGUUCAUUUUCUCUCCUCAACCAGCUGCUUGAUGAAUAUGAAAAGGCUUUUGGUAGUUCAUGGAGAAGUGCUCAGGUAGAUAGUACUCAAUCAUGGCCCUAUUUGGACCAAGCUCUGACAAGAUUCCAGGACCCUGCAGAGGCUGAUAAGUUGUUGAAAAUCCAGAGGGAAUUGGAUGAAACAAAAAUCAUCCUGCAUAAGACUAUUGAUAGUGUUCUUGCACGUGGGGAGAAGUUGGACAGUUUAGUUGAGAAGAGUUCUGAUCUGAGUGCAGCUUCACAGAUGUUUUACAAGCAGGCGAAGAAAACCAAUUCGUGUUGUACCAUAUUAUAAGCUUUCAAGGCUCAGUACCCUGUAGUAGUGUAAUGCUCCUCACUUGUUACCUGUACGAUGUAAGGCUCCUGUCCUGGCCAGAAGAAAAUGGCUCGUGUCUAUAUCACUAUUCACUACAACGUUGUUUGAUUUGGUUAAUGUGGAUUUUCCCUUUAUUUUGUAUUGCUGGAGGGAACUGAAUAUUGGUCGUGUGAAAUGUGAUUCUUCUUGACAAAAACAUUCUUAUUUA